GACGCUUCCGCGCGUUUUACAAAAGAGCCAUUUCCGCGAAACGGACUCCCGCUGUUCAAUUGUAGUUUCCCGCACCCUUUAAGCUUUGCUCUCCCCUCCUACGCUUUGUUCGCUUCGAGAAAUAGAAACAUGAAAACGUGGAAAGUUUUGGGGAAAGCUUUUCUGCCGGCGACAGCGCGCCAACUCGACAAUGAAGAUAAAGCACGCUUUUCCCGUGCUCCUGGUCGCAGUCGUGAUCAGUCCAGGUCAAACGUGCUGGUGGCCCAGCUUCUUGACGUCCUUCUUCGGCAGUCGGUUUGGAAACAAGACGCCAACUUCAACGACUUACCCGGAAAACGACACGACAGUUUUAUCUACCGUCAUUGACAUCGAAUUUCAGGGACCCCCAGAGUUAUCAUCAGCCACCGCCAUAACUAAAGCAAGUGAGUUCGUUUUAUUCCCGGUAACUACCGAAUCUAGUAGCAACGUUCCUUAUAACGUAUCUACUGGAACAACCAUUGAGGGCGUAUUCACGACGAACCUGAACGAAGAACAAAGCCUCGAACUGUUCUCAGCAGCUACAGAUAUGACGUCAAGUGCUCCGGAGGACGUUUCAGACCUGUGGCUGGUCACACCCGCCCGCGGUAGAGUUAGGACAACGGCCAGUUUUCAGACCGCAAGCUCCGCACCGAAGACCGAUCAACACGGCACAUCUUCAGACGAAUCGCAGACGGAGCCAAUUCUUUAUGAAGCCAACAAGACAGCCGAGGACAACGAGAUAGGCCGCAGCGCGCCAUCGAGCAGCACGACGUCUGUCAGACAUUCCCCUUGGGAUACAGCGACCACACCAAAAGCCGAUGACAAUGGCACAUCUUCAGACGAAGCACCGACAGAACCAAUUCUUCAUGAAGCCAACAAGAUAGCCGAGGACAGCGACGCGACAUCAAGCAGCACGACGUCUGUCAGACAUUUCCAGCAGGAGACAGGGACCACGCAUCCAGUUCUUGUGCCGUACAGCUUUUACGCGAAGUCUGGCGGUAACUUCUUCAACAGAUUCGGCAAACCUUACUGCCCAGGCUGUGACGCUCGGCUCCUGACGCUCCCACCCAGGUUUACAGCCGUACAACUCGCUUAUUUACCGUGGUUCGCCCUUCCGCCGUCAACGCGCAAGCCAACACGUCGGCACACGUUCCUCCCCUGGGCACGGCCAACGGUUACACGAGACCAACCUGAUUUUACCAUAUUUGGUGGUGCAAAACCUCCUGGAGUGUCCAGUGUAUAACCUUAUCCAUAUACUUCGUGGCUCUUUACAAAACCUUGGUACAGUGGCCAUUCUACCCUCAACAUGUGACAAUAUUCUAACUUGUCACUGUUGCAAAAUUUGUGGAGUAAAUUGUGCAGUCUGACAUUAUGGGGGUAAGUGCGUUGAAUCUAUUCCGAACUUUUUCUGCAAGAAAACAGCUUGCGGCACUGCUACGAGUACAGAACACUGUCGGAUAGUUUCCAAAAUUUUAUUGACAGCUAAGCAUUGAUCCAGACAGCGCCAUGCAUUUUCAUUGUCCAUAGUGUUCCGAAGCCCAUUUUGUGCCUAGAUUUACACCUUUACAUGCUGCUUUGCAAUGUAAAUUCCAAUUUUCUUUUUUGUUAGAUAACAAGUGUAAACAAGAUAAAUCUCGUCCACGCUUUUUAUAUCUCUUCUAUGCGAUUGAUAGCCGAAACCUUAAGCAAUCUUCAUGACCAACACUACACACUGCAGAAGUACCUCAACAAUCGCGAAAUUGGGCACCUUUCUUUGGCGGUCGCAUAAAAGACAACAAAAACAGACAUUGGGUGGCAUUCAGGCGUUGUUCCUUUAUUUCAAAUGCAAAGCGCACCACAGGUCGUAUGUGAACCUUGACAGUCCCAAUGUGCCUCGUCCAAAGCAUAGCCCCCUCCACAACUAAUUUUUCAAAAUCUCUAUGGAGUAAUCAGUAAUCUUAGGGUAUGAAACAUGAAGCCAUGUAUAGUGAACGGGUCUUGCGAAGUGACCCAUGCAACAAGUAGCACGACAUGCAACAAAACCGCAGAAGUCGGCGCUUCAACUGUGGUGAGACCGUUUAUUUUUGCAGCAUCCGGUCACAUCUGUGGCACACUACCUUCACUUGUGAAGAUUUUAGUCUCUUUUCACUACGAUAGAGAGCUUAGACAGAUGUCGCGAGUGGCGGUAUGAAAACCAAUGCCUCCGAUCUGUUUUCUUAGGCAAUGGGGUGUAUUUAUUGAACACAUUCGCAUAAAUUAUUGCUACAUUCUUCACCAACAUUUAUUCAUCUCUUCUCUAAAGGUCCAACGACCUCACAAAAGCGCUGUGGCACACAUACUGCAGAAAAAAUAAAAGCCAAAUUAACUGAGAAAAAAAAA